AUGACUGUGUACACCACAGUGCAUAUUUUCCUCAUUGAAGACCUUCCUAUGAGGGCUUCAGAUGAUUCCUUCAUCCAAGCUGCACUACAGAAGAACCCAGUGGAGGAAGCCUCCAUCAACUGCUGCAUCUGCAACUACCGUGAGAAAGACUUUGGCAGUCACUCAAACACCAAAGACGAUGAGGAAAUAUUAAAUAUUGACAGGAGUGAGGUAUUGGAAGCUAUCAAGAGAGUGAAACACAGGAAGGUCCCAGGAGUGGAUGACACAGUGGAGGAGCUGGAGGCAGCUACAGCUCAGUCCUUCCUGGAACAUGAAAAUGGCUUUCAGGUUGGAAUGAGAUUAGAAGGCGUUGAUCCCCGACGUCCUUCUGUAUUCUGUGUGUUAUCUGUAGCCAAGGUGUGUGGUUACAGGCUGGGACUGCAUUUUGAUGGUGAUUUGAGCUGCUAUGAUUUUUGGGCCAAUGCUGGUUCCCCCGACAUUCACCCAGUGGGGUGCUGUGAGAAGAGCAAGCACGAAUUGCAUAUCCCUGAGGGUUAUAGAAAAGAUAAAAUUGUUUGAAUGGAUUACUUGAAGGCCUGUAGAUUGCAAAAUGUUCCGAAGAAAUUAUUCAGGAAUGUAAGUCCAUUGUUCUUUGUGUGUCUGCAGUAUAAUGCUGGGAAUGGAACUUGCUUGAUUGCUCCUUGUGACGAAGGAGUCAAACAUUUUUUCAUUGCUAUGGCGCAAGCUUUAAGUUUCAAAUAUCUGGAAGCUACUCAGACAAAUGCGGUGCCUGCCAGGAUUUUCAACAUGGAGAAGGGCGCGCUACAUGGCUUUUUGCCAAACACGAAGCUGGAAGCUGUGGACAAAGAGAACCCCCGGUUCUUUCAUGUCACCACCAUUAUAGAUGUUGAUGAUCACAGAGUGAAGAUUCAUUUUGAUGCCUGGGACCAUAAAUAUAACUACCGGGCGGAUGCUGACAGCCCUGAUGCUCACCCUGUGGGGUGGGGUGAUGCCACCAGGCAUCCACUGGAAGUGCCCUAUGUUCUUUUACUUCCUGAAUGGACAAAUGGUGUGAAAAUCCUCCCAGGUCAAGCUGUAUGUCCUACUCCUGGGUGCCGAGGAAUAGGCAAUAUCCAUGGCCCACAUUGUGCAGGACAUCACAGUGCUUUCGGUUGCCCAUAUUCAGACGUGAACUUGAAGCAGGAGGCAACACUUCAGGACCGCCUAAGAGAAUAGACACAGGCAAAUUUGGAAUCAGAUUCUUCAUGUUCCAAGUUAGAAAACCUCCGCAGUUUGAAUUUCAAUGGAAAAUGUGAAAAAAAUGGUCAGUCCAGACUUGUACAGCAGGCAAAGUGUUUGAAAAUCAAAGGGAAAGAGGAUAUUGACUUGGAUAAUCUCUUCAGAGAUUAUUCAGCUGCACAGACACAGCAGGUGCUCCACCAGUCCAUCCUCGUGACCUCCAUGUCUGCCCACCCUUUUUGAGACCUCCCCCUAGGCUGGGAGCAGCAUUGCAAGCUGCUGCCAGGUGUGACUGAUAUCCAAGCCAGCCAAGUGGCCAGGUGGACAGUGGAUGAGGUGGCUGAGUUUAUACAAUCUCUUCUGGGCUGUGAAGAACAUGCCAAGUGCUUCAAGGAAGAGUGGAUAGAUACCAAAGCCUUCCUGCUUCUGACCCCAGCAGACCUCCUCAAAGUGAUGAAGAUCAAGCUGGGACCAGCUCUGAAGAUUUCUAAUUCUAUCCUGAUGUUCAGGAACUCCCGGGACGUCACUGAAGAUGGUGGUGCCUUGGGCCAAGAAACCAGGAAAUGAACGUGCUCCUGAACAGCCACCCACACUGUUUCUAAAGGACUUGUGCCUUCAGAAAUGAGCUUGGCAGCCAUCCAGUUGAAUUUAAUGUCCCCACAGCCAUACUCAUAUUUCAUCGGGCCCCUUUAAAGUGUCUGGUUAGGUGUGUGGCAGACUUGAUGAACAAUGAAAUGCCGAUGACUCAGAUGCUUAGUUAGGGCCGAGUGUGGGUUUGGAUGGCAUUGUUCCUGCAGCCAACAGACCGGAGAUGCUGUCCAUG